AUGGCAGAUUCUGAACCGCGAGCUGUCGAAGUUAUAGCGUUGGAAUGUUACAACACCAUAUCGAAACUCAAGAUCACAUCUGUAACAAAAAGUUGGGACAUUGCUGUGAUUCAAUUGGACAAACUUGAUAAACUCUUUGAAGAAAUAUUUGACGCAGUCCAACUAACUCCAGAAAACCAAGAAAAAAUGACAAAGGCGUUUGACACUAUAUGCGCUAUACGUGCACAACAAUUCACUCUCAUCACAGACUUCGAUCAAUCAGUUGCAGUCCUUACAACAUUGGUAUUGGAAGUGACGUGUGUCCCCCCUCCUCCCAAACGAAAACCAAAGAAAGUUCUUUCGAAAGACACCAUCGGCAAUCCGUUGACUGAAAAACAGAAAAAGUUAUCCAAACCACAUUAUGAACGUCGUGCUACGACGUUCGACGUCAACAACAGAACAAAAGCUCAAAUCAUUCUCGACGACCAAAUUCAGUCGAUCAAAAAACCGGCUCUUAUUCUCUUUCUUGAAACGUAUCCAAAGUUCGAAGACGUCCACGCGACUUUCGCGAAGAUCAAAGAACUAUUGGAAGAACGGAAGAAGGUACUUGAUAAGAUAUGUGUUCGACCAAAUUAUGACCACGUCCUUGCGUCUUCGAAACACGGCGAUAUCAUCUCGCUUAAUGUCGAGUGUCAAGCUAAUGCAAUGGCAAAGAGAAUAUAUGAGGGACUCAACCCUCAAAGUGCUCUCGACAUAUUUGUAGGGAAGGUUGACUCAUUGAGCGACAAUGGAUCAGCCCCGAAACGACUUGAUAUCUCCACCUUUGCUCAUCGAAAGAGUUCAACAAAAAUGCGGAUCAUCGGGAUGAUGACGCCAAUGACACACUUUCUUGAAGAACACGAAAUAGAGAACGACGAGAUGUUGGAAAAGAUGGACGCCUACGAGAAAAUUGCAUACGGAAGAUUGAUAGAAAGUGCUGCAAACAUCCCUUCAUUGAUGGAAGAUGUCACGUCCUUUGGUGCACUUGGGUUAAUUCCAGAAUUAACUAACACUGCAAAUGAAUUGAAGAGUGCAUGUAUUGAUAUUGUCAGUUUCCUUCCAAUUGUGUUUACCAAGGCCGCGGAAGUAGUGUCUGGUGGUGUUGUUGGGUGUUGGAAGAAGGUGUCACAGGACAUUUCACAAAUAUCGAUGUUGGCGUUAUCAAAAUUGAAAGACACAGAAGUCAGUGGAAUACCACAAGAGAUCAACGACAUGUACACUGCCGAGUACGCAAAACGGAAAUUGCAGUCUGCUGGAACACAGGUCUUAGCAAUUAUUUCACACAUCGUUCACCUCAGACCAAAAGAUGAAGGGAAGUUAUCAAUACGGAAGAGUGGGUCUCCCAAAUUAGGGUUAGACCGUUCUUUCCGACUUGAGACAUUAUUAAUGUUGGAGUUGUUUUCUGUAUCGAAUUCAAUAGUACUGACGCUUCAAAAAUACAUUUCCUCUGUGCAAAACAUGGGAAAGACUGAAAGGAAGUUACCAACCGACGCGAAGUAUGACUCACUGACUGUUGUGAAUGUGAAAGGGAAAGUAAUUGCUGGUGGGAUUUCUGGACUUUUGCUUGAAGGGAAGACUCGUGGGCAAGUUGAAGAGAUGAUAUAUCCUGUGUUGGGGCAAUAUGGGAGUAAAAUCAAAGAUAUAUUGGACGUGUUACCUGAAGGACUGUGUGAGAUCAUUACUAACAAAAUCAUUCAUAACAACUUUGCUGAAUGUGACCAAGGCGAGUUGUGGAAGUUUCUCGAUUUGGAGAAAAGUUCGUUGUUUGAGGGGUUGAAGGACAGAUACAAAAACGCGGAGAACUCCAGAAAGAAAGAGACUGCAAAGAAAAUCGCGCCAAUCUACGACUUCAUCAUGCCGGCAGAGGACCAAUUAUCACCACUUUUAAUGGUCGCACAAAUCGACCCACUCACAAUCGCUAGACAACUCACUGCGAUUUCAUUUGGAGAGUAUUCGAAGCUCAGAGUCAACGACUUCUUUGUGGAGAAUGGAGUCAUCCAAGUGAUCUUACAGAGAACUUCUGAGUUAUCCGAGUGGGUGUGUAACUCGGUACUUGAAUUCACUGAUGAUGAAAGCAGAACGUACAUGAAGUUACAGUUUUUGGGCAUUUUGGAGGGUCUUUUGAGUCUUGGAGACUUUAACUCUGCGUAUGGGAUAUACACUGGGUUGAGUCAUAAACUGAUGGAUAUUGUCAAAGUGCACCAACCGAAGAGCAGUGCGACUUUUGGAGCGAAGACGUCAUCAGCACAAUUUCUUACUGAGAUCACGUCAUAUGGUGAUAAAGAAGAGAAGGCAAGGAACGAGAAGAAGUUCAAAGCUUUUCAAAAGGUCGAUAAGAUCUUUUCCAAUUCGAAGAAUUUGAAAGCAGCGUAUAAAAAGCAUACAAUUUGUGUUCCUUUGUUGAGUGGGGUGAAAGAAGCAAUUGAAUUGGCGAAGAAAACAAACCCGGCAACAUUCAAGACAAAGGAAGGUGAGACGCUUGUGUGUUACGCGCAGAACAGAGAGAUAUAUGACUUAGUGGUCGAGUAUUUAAAGUACCAAAAAGAAAGCUAUAAUAUAGCUGCCGUUGAGCCACUAAGAGCUUAUUUGACGUCGUUGCCGUACUUCGACAAGUACGUUCAGAGUAAGUUGUAUGACUACAAAGAAGCUAUUUAG